GCCCGUGUGUGGCGGUUGUAUGUAAAUCGUCGUGAUUGUAAAUUUUAUCAUUUUUAUUUAUUUUGUAACGACUAUAAAUAUUUAAUCGUGCGAAACUAUUUUAUACGAUUUCUUUUUUAUUUUGCGCUCGUGUGGUUUCAAGUGUAGUGAAAUAUUAGUUGAGAUCGAUUCAAAAGGUGAUGUCGACGAUAGGUUCACCCCGAAUGGAUCGAUAUCGGUGACUCGGGUUUACUUUUUAUUUGCGUCACCGGAGGGUGGUUGAAGAUGGAAAAGUCGGCACGACCACGGACGGCUCUAAAUGAGUGUGUCAAGGUGGUGGUGCGAUGCAGACCGCUCUCGGAUAAGGAGAAAAACGAGGGUUUCGACGAGGUGAAGAAGACGUCACCACAUCGCUCGGAGCAGAAAUGGUACGAGCGUCUUUCCUCCAAGCCUUCGCCGGACAGUAAGAAGCUAAACUCUCCGUUACAGGUGGUGAAAGUAUGGGCAGAACGCGGCGCCGUGCAAGUGUACAACCCCAAGGGCCAGGACAAGCUGUUCACAUACGACGCCGCGUACGACUACACGGCCGAUACGCAAACCAUCUACGAUGAGAUGGUCCGUCCCUUGGUCGCGUCCGUCCUGGACGGUUUCAAUGGCUGCGUGUUUGCAUACGGGCAAACGGGCACGGGCAAAACGCACACGAUGGAGGGCACAGCGGACCAUGAGGGCAUUAUCCCGCGGGCCUUCCGGCACAUCUGGGCACACAUCGAGAACACGGCCUCCCCAGAUGUCACACAUCUCGUGUCGUGUUCAUACGUCGAGUUGUACUUGGAAGAUGUGAGGGACCUGCUGUCCAAAGACUCCAAGAAGCUUACCAUCAGAGGGCAGGAGUUGAACGGCUUCUACAUCCCCGAGAUGACGUCGGUGGUGUGCAAGUCAGCCGCGGAGAUGGUGCGCGCGAUGCGGGCCGGCAACCGCAACCGCGCGGCCGGCCGCACCGACAUGAACGAGCACUCGAGCCGCAGCCACGCCGUCUUCCUCGUCACCGUUGAGACCGCGCACCGCGACACCAACCGCAUACGUGUGGGCAAGCUCAACCUGGUGGACUUGGCGGGCAGUGAGCGGCAACGCAAGACGGGUGCGGGAGGAGAGAGACUCCGGGAGGCGGCGCGCAUCAACCAGGCGCUGUCCUCCCUCGGAAACGUCAUCUCCGCCCUCGCUGAGAACAGUCCCCAUGUGCCCUACAGAGACUCGAAGCUGACCCGCAUCCUGCAGGACUCCCUGGGCGGCAACAGCAAGACGAUCAUGAUCGCCAACAUCGGCCCCGCCUCCUACAACUACGAUGAAACCAUCACCACGCUGCGGUACGCGCACAGAGCCAAAGCGAUAAAGAACAAGCCAGUACGCAAUGAGGACCCGAAGGACGCCAAGCUGCGGGAGUACCAGGCGGAGAUCGAACGCCUGCGGACGCUUAUAGAGAUGCGGCGCGCGCAGGAGCGACGCAAGCGCGCGCCCCGGCCCAAACCGCGCACGCUACAGCCCAACGAACCCGAAGAAGAAACGGCGAGCAUCGAAAGCGAACACAUCUUAGCGGAAUCCACGAUAGAGCAAGAGAAAACCAAGACUGAAGAACUAGAACAUCAAAUCAAGUCCCUAGAAGAGAGAUUAGUGCAAGGCGGCGGGGGCAAGGACCUGAUCAACAACCUGAACGAGAGUCAACUAAUCCUGGAGCAGAGAAACACAGAGAUCGCGGAGAGGAAGAAGAGAGAAGUGGAGAUGCAGCAGAAGAUAGACUUGGAGGAAGAGACGACCACCAUCGUCACUAAUACGUUCGCUACGUUACAGCAGGAGGUGGAUCAUAAAACACAAAGAUUAAAGAAGUGCCUAUCAAAGUACGCUUGCCUCCGAGAAGAAAUGGUCGAACAGCGCGAAGCUCACGACUCUGAACGGCGAGAAAACGAGGCGCUUCAGGCCGCACUGAUAGCUGAACUGCGGAGACGGCUGUUGGUAGCGGACAGCUUCGUGCCUGAAGCGGGCCGCUCCACUGUGCUGCGGUUACGAUACAAUGACGAUACUGAUGCUUGGGAGUUGCCGGAACAUAGUGGGGCCGAGCCUCUGGCCACCCGGCCGCUGGCACACAGCGGCACGCGGCGCCCCACCUGUGCCCUGGCGCUGAAUAGCGCGGAGCCGCGGCGACGAUGUCAUCACCUCUUGGACCUUCGUCCUAUACCGCUGCCCCCCACCGCGCGUCGAUAUGUACCUCCCCCGCCGCCGCCCGCCAAACCCAAGGCAAUCGAACCAGUUCCAGUACCAGUGAAGAAAGAACUCCCAACUGAAAACCGACGAAUGAGUGCCCGCACGCGAGCGCCUUCCGCUCACCACCGUCUCGGUACCGCUGGCGUGCGGUAGGCCUCCGCCCCUCAACAGAGCCCUAAACAGACACACCGGACCUUACAUUGCUGCGAGGUCCAAAUCGUGACAGAUAUACCGGACCUAACAUUGCUGAUAGGUUAAAAUCGUAACUGAUUUACCGGACCUAACAUUGCUGAUAGGUCCAAACCGUAACAGGUGCAUCGGACCUAAUUUUGCUACAAGGUUCAAACCAUAGAAAAACUACUUAGUAUACGAUCAAAAUACGGGGUACUCAUACGACAGAGCCCUCUAACAGAUACACUGAACCUAAUGAGAUCCAAACCAUAGAAAAACUGUAUGAUCAAAACGUCCUCUAAUAAAUAUCCUAGACCUUACACUGCUGCGAGAUGCAAACCAUACGAAAACUAAGAUACUAUGCGAUUCAAAUUCCCUCUAAAUAAGUAUUUAAAAAAAAAUGUUGAUAUUAACGACGCAACCACUGUUUGCGUCCAAAACGACUGUCAUGUGAAAAAGCAAAGCAUCGUUAUACCUAGUAAUAAUCAAAUUAAAACAUAGAUUAAAAAAUAUCCUAUACCGAAUCGGUCCAUAAAAUAAUAAUGUUAUAAAGUUGUAAAUUACAAAAUGUAAACUUACGAGACGUUAGUAUAAAACCAGCUUUUGCCAGAUAAUAAGAAAAUCGACUAUCUUGCCUAUGUGUAGUUUUUAUUUUUUAAUGUAAACUACUAACGCUGGUUUUGCAACUGCAACUAGAUGUUUGUGCUAGUUGCACAAAAAAACAGUCUUAUUUAGAAACAGUUUGUUUGCUUUCCCAGCUUGCAUUAUUUCAUAAAUUGCUGCAGUUAAUUUGGCAAGUUGCAUUUUUAUCUUUAGUUGCUAGUUGCAGUUGCAAAAUGGUCCUAAGCGUGCGCAGAUAUUUAAGUUCGGUGCAUAAUGGUUACGAUAUUUUUAUGCGACAUGGAGGUAACAUGAUAUAACUGUUAAGUGCGAUUGCUUUUUUCGCGACGCGUGCGUUCCACUCCAAAUAUACAGUAUUGUGCCGACACGCUUUGCUCAGUGCUUAUAAUUCUCUAUUACAUUGAAAUCAUGCAUUUUUGACACCAUUUUGACGUCAAAAAUUGCGCUUACGGGUGUAUUUCGAUUUGAUAGCGAUUCAAAGCUCAGUAUCGUUACGUUUUAUUGUAUCUAAAUUAUAGAUAGUCCUACGGUGUAUACAGAACUACGGAUGUGUAAAUAGUACUAUUGUAAUGUGUGUUAUGGCUCUCCCUAGCAUAUGCGAUAUUCCGGCUGAAAUAUCGACAGAUUUGUACUGAACUCAAUCGUUAUUCGAUUUCAUGAUAGAAUCAUAGAUCUAUUUACAUAGUACACUAGACGGUUGACGACGUUUUUGAAACAACUUGAUUAUCGCCAUUUUGGCGCUGAUAGCAACA